GAAGCGCGUGUGCGUGCGUGGGGCGUAGCAAGGGACGGAAGCUCGGCCGGCACGAGCACCGCCCACGCCAGUCUAAGCCGGCUGUGUCUUGCCGCCGCUGAUGUUCGUGGCCCAACGCCCCAAUCCUUGCCCGUUCUUGCAGUCCCACCCCACACUCAGCCUUGCGUCCCUCGAGCCGGUCUCCAACUUCCAUUUCCCACCCUCAACCGCCUACCCGGUUUCUGUUCCCCGCCCUGUUGUCCUCGGCUUGCUGCGCUGAGGGUCCCCUGUCAGCCUCGACCCCAUGGCGCUGCAGGCGCUGCAGAGCUCGGGGGUGACCUUCCGCAAGAUCCUGUCUCACUUCCCCGAGGAGCUGAGUCUGGCUUUCGUCUACGGCUCCGGGGUGUACCGCCAGGCAGGGCCCAGUUCAGACCAGAAGAAUGCUAUGCUGGACUUUGUGUUCACAGUAGAUGACCCUUUCGCAUGGCAUUCAAAGAACCUGAAGAAAAAUUGGAGACACUACUCUUUCCUAAAAGUUUUAGGGCCCAAGAUGAUCACAUCCAUCCAGAAUAACUAUGGCGCUGGAGUUUACUACAAUUCAUUGAUCAUGUGUGAUGGCAGGCUUAUCAAAUAUGGAGUUAUUAGCACUAAUAUUCUGAUUGAAGAUCUCCUCAACUGGAAUAACUUAUACAUUGCUGGACGACUCCAAAAACCGGUGAAAAUUAUCUCAAUGAAUGAGGAUGUCACUCUUAGAUCAGCCCUUGAUAGAAAUCUGAAGAGUGCUGUGACCACUGCUUUCCUCAUGCUCCCCGAAAGCUUUUCUGAAGAAGACCUCUUCAUAGAGAUUGCCGGACUCUCCUAUUCAGGUGACUUUCGGAUGGUGGUUGGAGAGGAUAAAACAAAAGUGCUGAAUAUUGUGAAGCCCAAUAUAGCCCACUUUCGAGAGCUCUAUGGCAGCAUACUACAGGAGAAUCCUCAAGUGGUGUAUAAAAGCCAGCAAGGCCGGCUGGAGAUAGAUAAAAGCCCAGAAGGACAAUUCACUCAGCUGAUGACAUUGCCCAAAAGCUUACAGCAACAGAUACAUCAUAUUAUGGACUCUCCUGGAAAAAACAGAGAUGUGGAAGAAACUUUAUUUCAAGUGGCUCAUGAUCCCGACUGUGGAGAUGUGGUGCGACUAGGGCUCUCAGCAAUCGUGAGACCUUCUAGUAUAAGACAGAGCACGAAAGGCAUUUUUACUGCUGGUAAGAGCUUUAGAAAUCCAUGUAUAACAUACCUGCUGACUAAAGCUUUGUCUCUUUUAAGUGCUUGUGAAAUGCUGAGCUUUGAUGGCCAUAAACUGGGAUAUUGCAGUAAGGUACAAACAGGCAUAACAGCAGCAGAAUCUGGUGGUCUAACAACGUCAGACCAUUGGCAGUGCUGUUGGAAGCUUUACUACCCUUCUGAAUUUUCCGAGAUACUUCCUGUGUGCAGGGUUUUUUCCUCAUGUUGUUUUAUUUAUCAGAGUUACAGAUGCAUAGGAUUGCAAAAACAGCAGCACCUGUGCUCCCUCUCCUCUUCCCCUUCUCUGAGACCACUGCUUCCAUCUGUCUUAGUGGGUUAUUUUUGUUUUCACUGCCAUUUCUCUAAAUGGUGAGUUUUCCUUGCUCCUUCUCUACAUUUCAACUUUAGUAUCAUCUAUUGACUUCUCUCUAUGGGAGGUUAGAAUUCAACUCUGGCACCCACCCUCAUCAGAUGUACUCACCCUCCCAUCCCUCUGUCCUCCGAAUAUAGUUGUCUCGUGGCUUUGGCUAGUUUUCAGUUUGAUGGUAUGGUGAGCCACAUAGUACACCUUUCCUUCCCUGCACAAU